UUCCCUGCCUGAAGAUGAAACUGUUAUUGCUGGUAGCGCUGGUGGGAGCGGUGGUGGCCGAGGAGCCGAUCGGUCUGUACUACCACGAGAACGUGGGCAUCCCUCUGGCGGCCGCCAUCAAGAGGAGCGAGGAGGCCGGCGACUUCGACGGCUCCAGGAUCGUCGGGGGCUCCCCCGCCGCCCUCGGAGACCAUCCCCAUCUGGGUGGACUGCUGAUCACUCUGCAAUCUGGUGGCACCUCUGUCUGCGGUUCCUCGCUGCUCACCAACACCAGGGCAGUCACCGCCGCUCACUGCUGGUUUGACGGUCGCCAAAAUGCUAGACAGUUGACUAUCGUUCUUGGCUCUCUCCGUUUGUUCUCCGGCGGCACCCGCAUCACCAGCUCCUCGGUGUCCGUACACGCCAACUACAACACCAACAACCUCAACAACGACAUCGCCAUCAUCAACCUUAGCUGGGUCACCUACACCAACAACAUCCAACCUGUGAGGCUGCCAACCGGAUUGACCAACAACAACUUCGCCGGUAGCUGGGCGUGGGCAGCCGGCUUCGGACGUACAUCCGACAGCAGCGGCAUCAGCCAGAACCAGAUCUUGAGCCACGUGCAGCUGCAGGUCAUCACCAACGCAGUUUGCGCCUCCACCUACGGCACCAGCGUCGUCAUCAGCUCCACUCUGUGUGUGAGCGGCGCCAACGGACGCAGCACAUGCGGUGGAGACUCCGGCGGUCCUCUGUGGCUGUGGGCAAGCAACCAGCGCACUCUGAUCGGUGUGGUGUCCUUCGGUUCCGCCUCCGGCUGCCAGCGUGGCUUCCCCGCCGGCUUCGCCCGCGUCACCUCCUUCCUCUCCUGGAUCCAGACGAUCCUGCAAGUGUUCACGGUCAUAUUACUGUUACUUCUCUACCUGAAGAUGAAACUGUUAUUGCUGGUAGCGCUGGUGGGAGCGGUGGUGGCCGAGGAGCCGAUCGGUCUGUACUACCACGAGAACGUGGGCAUCCCUCUGGCGGCCGCCAUCAAGAGGAGCGAGGAGGCCGGCGACUUCGACGGCUCCAGGAUCGUCGGGGGCUCCCCCGCCGCCCUCGGAGACCACCCUCAUCUGGGUGGCCUGCUGAUCACUCUCCAAUCCGGUGGCACCUCUGUGUGCGGCUCCUCGCUGCUGUCCAACACGCGCGCCGUGACCGCCGCCCACUGCUGGUUCGACGGCCGCCAGAACGCGCGCCAGCUGACCGUGGUGCUGGGCUCCCUGCUGCUGUUCUCCGGCGGCACCCGCAUCACCAGCUCCUCAGUGGCCGUGCACGCCAGCUACAACACCAACAACCUCAACAAUGACAUCGCCAUCAUCAACCUCAACUGGGUUGCGUACACCAACAACAUCCAGCCCGUGAACCUGCCCACCACUUUGGCCAACAACAACUUCGCCGGCAGCUGGGCGUGGGCCGCCGGCUUCGGACGCACAUCCGACAACACCGGUAUCGGCAACAACCAGUUCCUGAGCCACGUGCAGCUGCAGGUGAUCACCAACGCGGUGUGCGCCUCCACCUACGGCACCAGCGUCGUCGUCAGCUCCACUCUGUGUGUGAGCGGCGCCAACGGACAGAGCACAUGCGGCGGAGACUCCGGCGGUCCUCUGUGGCUCUGGAACAACAACCAGCGCACCCUGAUCGGUGUGGUGUCCUUCGGUUCCGCCUCCGGCUGCCAGCUCGGCUUCCCCGCCGGCUUCGCCCGCGUCACCUCCUUCCUCUCCUGGAUCCAGGCUAGAUUGUAA